UAUUUAAGCAAACGCACUCACGGCUGCAUGGAGAUGGUGGAAGCGGAGAUGAAGAAACAUUUGGCACCCAGUCGAGGUGAAAGCCCUGAGACGUGCAUGCUGAAACGUGCCAAGUAUGACGAAUUUUUCAAGGGGUAUUUUGGAGAAAUAGAGGAAGUAGACAAACGGACGUUGUUGAUACAGAACAGAGAGUUAUUUUUGCACUUGCAAGUCCUUGAGAAGAAUGUUGAGUGUUCGAAGAGACAGAUGGCUGAGCUAAGAGAGGCGAGAGUGGUGGCAGAGAAGAAGGUGGCGAGCAUGGGCGUUUUUUUAGACAAGUUUUUCACGGACGUACGGUUGCUGUCAGAGCGGCUGCCGGGGGAGGUGGAGGUGCCCGAGUCGUUGAAGGGUUCGUGGAUAUGCGAGGUGUUUGCGAGGUUGUUUGAGUCUGCGGAUGGUUGUUUGGGUGGCGAGGGGUUGGAGACGUUGCCUGGCGUGUCUGGGGUGAGGGAGGGCAUGUUGAGGUUGGUGUCUGCGGUGGCGUCGUCUUGCGAGAGGGGGGGGGGUCGGGAGUGUGGUGAGGGGGGUGAGUUGAAGGAGGAGUUGUCGGAGCUGAGGAGGAAGCACGAGGAGUUGUUGAAGAGGGAGUGGGAGGGGAGUCAGGAGAGGUUGAAGUUGAAGGAGAAGAUGGAGGCGGACAGGAUUGAGUACAGGCUGAUAGAGGAGGAGAACAUGGAGUUGAAGUGGAAGGAGGUGACGCGCCAGAGGACGUUGGCGAGGUUGGAGUUGAGAGUUUUGCAGUUGGAGGAGAAGAGGGGGGACGGUGGAUUGUCCCAGAGCGUCGUUGGAUCGGUGGAGGAUGGGGCCUUUGACGAGAGGGAGAGGGGGUUGUCGAGCGAGGGUGACAGGGUGAGAGAGAGCGAGAGGAUUGGUGAUUUGGAGGUUUUGGCGAAGUCUCGUCUAGAGGAGAUAGAGAGGUUGAGGUCAGAGAAGGUGGAGUUGAUUAGCCAGAUGGCUGGGGGCGCGCCUGGGGGUGCGGGGAUGGAAGAUGGACACAUAUUUGACGAGUUUGGGGGGAGUGGGGGGUUUAUUGAGAGGAAUCGUUUGAUAGAGUCUGAGAAUGAGGCGCAGAAAAAGAAGAUUCAGGAGUUGUUUGAGGAGUUGUCUCAGAUUCGAGCGAAUCAUCGGUUUAGUAUAGAGAAUUUGGUUAGAGAGUAUCGGGAUCAGAAUCGGAAGUUGCAGCACUUGUUGGAUCGGAUGACCGAGAAGUUGAAGAAUAUGGAGCAGGAUAGGGAUCAGGCGAAGAACAAGUACCAACAGUUGAAGGGGGCGAUAGAUAGCGUUAAGGACGACCUGUCGUUUAUGAAGAAGAAGGUGCAAGGGAAGCAGGCGGAGGUGGCGCGAUACAAGGGUGAAGUUCAGGUGUUGAAGAAGAAGCUCGCGGAGGCGUUGUCGCAGCUGUCGGGAGACGUGCAGGUGGAGAUUAGUGGGUUGAGGUCGGCGUUGUCGAUGUCGGAGUCGAAGUUGAAGAGGCUGGAGGAGUUUGAUGGGGAUGUGUCGAAGGUGAUUGAGCUGCAGGCGAGUUUAGACGAGGUCACGCGCGAGAGAGACGAGUUGAGGAGGCAGAACGAGGAGCAGAGGAAGGAGGUCGAGUCGUUGAGCAGCGCGAUUGACAACUAUUACACGAGUGAGCUGCAGGCGAGCACGGAUUCGUUGGAGAAGAUGCAGGUGCAGCUGCGCGAGAAGGACGGAAUGCUGGACGAAUACCGGAGUGAGAUAUUGAGUCUACGGACAGCGGUUUGUCAGAAGAAGAAGGAGGACUCGAUGAAGCUGGAGGAGCAGGCGACGCUGACGGCCAAAGUCGGGCAUUUGAGGGCGUUGCUGCAAGACGAGACGGAGCAGAACAGGCAGCUGGACAAGGAGCUAGAGGAGCAGAAUCGCGAAUGUCUGAAGUUGAGGGAGCUGAACGAGAGGCACCAGAGCGUCGAGACGCACUACGUGGCGACGAUAUCUAUUUGCAAGAACAAGAUUGAGAAGAUGGAGGAAGAGCUGAAAUCGUAUCGAUCGCAAGCGAUUGAGGCCAAAACGAAAUUGGAGGCGGAGAAGAGCAAUCGAUUUAGACUGAUGGAAGAGCUUGAAGUUUUGAAGCGUCGAGUGGCGCAUCUGAAGUCAUCAAAGGGAGGCACAAAAGAGAGUCAGAGCAAAGACGGUUCUUUGCUUGCGUUCUAUCAGCGAACGUACAACUGUACGCUUUGUUCGAGAGAGCGCGCGGCGGACUCUAUUCUUAUGACGUGUACACACGCGAGACAGAUAUGCUUUUUGCGGAAAGUGUAUAGAAGAGAAGUGCAUUAA